UUACGUACAGUCUACGUAGAGUGCUCUCAAGUACGCAUCUCGCGAUCGUCAGCGAGUAUAGUAGCUUAUAGUUGUUUGAGAGAGGCUUUUAUUAAAAAGAAAAAGGCGCAAAUUUUGAUUCGUAUCGAAUCGCGCGUACCGGAUUACUAUAUUUAGUACAAUAAAAAGGUACCUUCAGUGAACGAAAAUGAGAUUAUUGGCCCAUCAUUGCAUAUGUAUCGCUGUCCUUUUGGCCACAGCUUCAGCCAGAUCAGCAGACACACAGCCAACGAGUAAUUCAAUUGAUGAUCAGAGCGCAAGGUCAGGUGGUAGCGGAGUGUUUGGUGAUCUUCGCUAUGUUUAUCAGGUCUAUAAAGAUUGUUCGGGAUCGGAGUUGAGUUCAUGUUUGAAAUUGAAACUUCUCACCGCCAUGGACAGGGUAUCGCGAAGUGUACAACUCAACAUUGUUGAGGGAAUCACAUUAGUUAAAGACGAUCCCAACACGCCCGAUGAACAACCGAAAUCUGCCGAAGAAAUUGAGGCCAAUUUACCACGUGCUCUUGAUGAUCGAGAAGAUGCACUCAACACUAUGAUACUUGAUAAAAUUGUCAAUUUCUUCCAAAGUCAUACACUCAAAUUGAAACUUCCCAAUGUUGAGGAGUUGCAGAGGAGUCUCACUGAAGAAGGUCGUGGUAAGAAAAAGAAAGGUAUGGGAGGACUACUCGCCAUUCCACUUCUGAUUGGUGGUACGCUGGUACCCUUGGCUCUCGGGGCACUUGCACUUUUGGCUGGAAAAGCUUUAAUAGUCAGCAAAUUGGCGUUGGUUCUUGCCUCAAUCAUUGGUCUCAAGAAACUCGUCUCGAAUCACGAUCAUGGACAUGAAGUGGUUCAAGUCUCGGGACAUGGCUCCAGUGGAUGGGCGAGGUCGGGCCAUGACCUUGCCUACAAUGCCUACAAACCACCCUCAGCCUAGGCAAACAAAAAUUUGAAAGACUUUAUUUUUUAAGACUUCCUUCUUCCUUUCCUUUUUCGUUACCUUCUUUUUUCUUCUUCUUCCUCUUUUCCUCUUCUUCUAUUUUUUCUCAAUCAUCUAGACUUGUCUUUCACUGCACUGUGAUUUUCAUUUUUUUUUUGUUUUUAUCACUUCAUUUUUCUUUUCCUCUUUCUUUCUCUCGCUUUCUCAGAUGUAUCCGUUUGUCUCUUUAUCUAUCCACUGUGUCUUCAUCUAUCUCUAUCCUCUGUCUCUCUAUCCUGUAUCUUUAAUUUAUAUCAACUUUUUUACCUUUCUCUUUUUCAUUCUCCUUUUUAUAUUAUCACUUUUAUCUAUUCUAUUCCUAUCUUUUUAUCAUUUUCAUAAAAAUGAUUUUUUAAUUAUUUUUCAUGUUCCUUAAUGUAUCCACAAUUCCAAAAUAUCUUCCUUUCUUUUCAUAUAUCAAAAAUUCAUUUUAAAAAUAUUAUUAUUAAUUAAUCGUUCCUUUCUUUGAUUAUUAAUUUAAAUUAAUCAGAGAAAGGACUGAGGGAAUUCAAUGAUAGGAAUUCCCUUUGGAUGAAUUUUGAAUCAUUUAAGAACAUACGAUUUCCAUCAUCCCUAGAGUCCAUGCCUCUGUCUCUCUUAUCUACCUCUCUUUAUAUAGUCCUUCACUCUCAUUCUGCACAACUAUUUUCUCAUUUCUCUCGUCAUUUCUCUCUCUCUCUCUCUCUCUCUCUCUCUCUCUCUCUCUCUCUCACUAUUUCUCACUCACUCUAAUCUUUCAGUAUUUAUUUGUCGAGAAAAAGCGAAAAAUCGUGCAUUUGUAAUAUUCAUCAUGUAUAUUUAUAAAUAUUUAAUAAAUUAAGAAUUUCCAAUUUA